AUGGCGGCAGAUGAUAAAGUUGCCAUCUUAACCGAUGAUGAAGAGGAACAGAAGAGAAAAUACGUGCUUGCUGAUCCCUUUAAUGGUAUUUCCAGGGAACCCGAACCACCUUCAAAUGAAACACCCACCUCCACAGAAACAUCUGCUCUUCCUGAGGAGGAAGUAGACUGGAUAGAGAAACAUUGUGUUAAAAUAAACAAUGAUCUUCUGAUAUCCAAGGUCUUCUAUUUUUUCUUUUACUCUGCAUAUGGCUCUCUUUACCCACUUCUGCCUGUGUAUUAUAAACAGCUGGGAAUGUCACCAAGCCAGAGUGGAUUGCUAGUAGGUAUCCGAUACUUCAUUGAAUUCUGCAGUGCCCCAUUUUGGGGUGUAGUUGCAGAUCGCUUUAGAAAAGGCAAAAUUGUCCUCCUCUUUUCUCUUUUGUGUUGGGUUUUAUUCAACUUGGGCAUUGGAUUUGUCAAACCUGCUACCUUGAGAUGUGUACCAAAGAUUCCCCCAACGUCUCGUCCCACCAACUCAAGUCAUCUGUUAACUAUCCCGCCAACCAAUUCUUCCAUUACCACAUCACCAAGAAUGCGUGAGAAAAGGAGCCUGCUCCCUUCCACUUGGCCAGUGAUAUUAGAAACAGAGCCCAAUGUCACCGAAACUGUCAUCUUUUCGACAGCUCCAAACAAGACCAGUGCACCCACCCCACAACCUCAGACAGAUGAAAUUACUGACCAUAUUAUGGACUUGACCUUGAAUCCGAGCACGGCAACCCCUGCCUUCCUGGGAAAUGUAACCAGAGAGACGACCACCGCUAUUGUCACUACCACCAAAUCUUUACCUUCUGAUCAAGUCACUCUUGUUUACGAUCAACAAGAAGUUGAGGCUAUAUUCUUGGUGAUCUUGGUGGUUGUCAUAAUAGGAGAAUUUUUCAGUGCCUCUUCUGUCACCAUUGUGGACACUGUAACACUUCAGUAUCUGGGAAAACACAGAGAUCGCUAUGGAUUGCAGCGUAUGUGGGGCUCCCUGGGCUGGGGCCUGGCGAUGCUGUCUGUGGGCAUUGGUAUUGACUACACACACAUAGAAGUGAUCAUUGAUGGAAAGGGGUGUAAACCCCCUGAAUAUCGGAACUACCAGAUCGUCUUUAUUGUCUUUGGGGUUCUCAUGACCAUGGCUUUGAUUGUUGCCACUCAGUUCCGGUUCCGCUACAACCAUUUCAAAAACAAUGAAAAUAAAGGAAAAGAGGUGGAGAUCCCUCAAGUGGAGAGAAACAGCUCUACAGAGUCCUCUGAGGAGACACCAACCACCACGAGCCACUCACAAGCCUUCAACUUUUGGGACUUAAUCAGACUGCUUUGCAGUGUGCAGUAUGGCUCGGUGUUGUUCGUGGCAUGGUUUAUGGGUUUUGGAUAUGGCUUUGUGUUCACCUUUCUCUACUGGCAUUUGGAAGACUUGAAUGGAACUACAACUCUCUUUGGGGUCUGUUCAGUCCUGAGUCAUGUGUCUGAGCUGACAGCUUAUUUUUUUAGUCACAAGCUUAUUGAAUUGAUUGGCCAUAUCAGGGUUCUGUACAUUGGCCUGGCUUGCAAUAUGGCUCGCUAUAUUUAUAUUUCCUACCUGGAAAAUGCCUGGACUGUUCUCCCCAUGGAAGUUCUUCAAGGAGUGACACACGCGGCCAUCUGGGCAGCGUGCAUUUCUUAUCUCAGUGCAGCAGUUCCCCCUGAGCUGAGGACGUCUGCUCAGGGCAUCCUGCAGGGCCUUCACCUAGGUUUGGGGAGAGGUUGUGGUGCCAUGAUCGGAGGCGUAUUAGUCAAUUAUUUUGGGGCUGCCGCAACCUUUCGAGGAAUCGGCAUGGCCUGCCUGGUGAUCCUCCUGCUUUUUGCCCUGAUCCAGUGGCUGGCAGUGCCCGGUGAGGAAGAAGACAAGACAAUGUUGGCAGAAAGGAUUCCCGUGCCCUCUAGUCCUGUUCCCAUAGCCACCAUUGACUUGGUACAGCAACAGACCGAAGACGUCAUGCCACGCAUUGAGCCCAGACUUCCUCCCAAGAAAACCAAGCACCAGGAAGAACAGGAGGACGUGAACAAGCCAGCCUGGGGCGUCAGCUCCUCCCCCUGGGUGACCUUUGUCUACGCACUCUACCAAAUUAAAGAGAUGAUGCAGCUAACAAGAGACAACCGUGCUCCUGAGAUACAGCCUUUGCAGGGGACCAGUGAGAAUCGGGAAAAUUCUCUAGCUGGUGGAGUCCGGCCUGUCCCUUGUGAGACUCAUUCUGACCCAUCCAGAAACCAGCCAUCCCCUCAAGCAGCAGCAUCUCGGACACAGAGGAGCCCCACUCACCCCAGUGUGGACCAGCGUGUGGAGAAGGAGGACCAGCAGGCUCAGCCUGCCGCUGGGGGACACUGAGGGCUCCCACUCAUCUCCCACCCUGCAUGGAACUGGGCCCCUCUGCCAGGACAGAGGGAGAGGCUCCCUGAACCCAAGACAUGCCUCACCUUGAGAAGCAUAGCACUAUAUACUCUUCUAAAUACCUGAACUCAUCAACAUGGAAACACACACACACACACACACACACACACACACACACACACACACAGAAGCUACAGUACAUAUUGGCAGAAACAGGUAAAUUUCUAUAAUCCCACUGGAAUCACAGAAGGGAAAUAAGAGUUCGGUAAGGACUUCAGUU